UGUCUGUCAUGUGGAACACUUUAGAUCCAGUAUAUACUGUAUGUAGUGCUAAAGACCACUUCAAGGCAGCUGUCAUAGCUGCGAAACGUACCUGUUUGUAUGUGAGUUGUAUGUGCGUCAUAGAUUUACCCAAAUCAAGAUGCUCACUGUACAUAAUCGUUUAAUUUUAUGUCAUCUGCAUAGAGAACUUGUGAAAAUUUUCCACCUGUAUCUUAUGAUCAACUAAAGUAUCCCGACCAUCUGCUAAAAAUCCGAACUGAACCAUUCUGCGCAUUGGGACAGAUGAAUUACGAAGCUCGUAUUCGGCAAGUUUAUAUGAAAGUUAGUAGCUUGCAGUUGAAGUAGGAAACAUUUACAGUAUGUUGAUGGCUAAGCAACACAUUGGCUGCAGAGUAUGCUAUUUUUCAUUAUUUGCAGUGACUCGCCGAUGAUUAAAAUUAUUUACAGGGCAAAUUUAGACCCACCAAAGCGUAUUGAUAUCAAUGGACAACACAGACACUUGUUUUACCGAAGACCAGUUAUGCCGUUUUUAAAGCCAGCUGUUCCUACAAUGCGAUUUCACAUGAAUCUUGAAUAUGACAAUAUGGAAAAAGCUAUGAAAGAUGCGGCGGUACGCUGUUGCCAUUUGCCAGAUAGGACACAGACUAAGCAGACACAAACAGACUACAGAGAAAGCGAGGCACAAACGUCUCCGUGGACACCUCCUUACAAAGUGCGACCAGACGAGAACCCUGAAGUUCUGACCAUUGCCCAUUUGAGUUGGGGUCAUGGAUUGCCAGCAGGAAUGCACGAGGUGGAGAUCAUAAACAGAAUGAGAAUGAAAAGAGCUUGGGAGGCGAUACUCCCUCCAAUGGAUAACGCGACUAACAUCAAAACGCGAACGACUAUAAUUGAAGCAAUGGAAAUUGAUGACUGGGCGUUUCGCGAAGCCGAGAUUCAAUUUAUGAUGGACACACGAAUGGAAUUGAUGGAAAAAUAUGCAAAGCUAAAGGAUGCGGCGAGGGAGAAAAGCAUAGGGGAUCGGUACCAGAGAGUUGAAGAUUUGAUAGACAAAAGGCGAGAUAUGGAGAUAAGAAAUAUCAGGCAAAAACUUGGACGAGAACUAAGAAAAUUGACGGUAAAAUAUCACGGUGGUCAAAAUAAAUGGGCAAAAAAGUGCAGCGCAGCGAGAGGUCUUGGUGACUCGAUUUUCAAGUUGAAAAAAAGUGCCAAGAACUAUCACGAGAUCAUUAACAGAAGAAUACUAGAUGAUAAGAAUGUUCCUGAUGCGGAUGAAAAUGAUAAGUACGUACUGCUUCCUACAUAUUCUGAGUUGAAGGCAGUUAAACCGAAGCAAAAGGCACAUGAACUCUGUGUGCGAGAGACUAGAUGGAACGAAGAAAAAUUGAGAAAGCUUCAUGCUGAAUUAAAAUCGAUUAGAAUGGACAUCAAGCCGGAUAAAAAUACCAGCUUCAUGAAACGUAGAUACAAACUUCCACCUAUGCCCAUCACCCCAAAACUGCCAAACGAGCGUAACGUGAAUGAAAGUCAGGAACGGGCAGCUGUAUUGAUUCAAACGUUGGUUACUGGAAGAGCGAUUCAAUGCGUUAUGUUCGAGGGACGAGAUAGGUGUAGAGAACUGAUUGAGGAACUUCAGUCAACACAUUGGCUUCAAUCAGACACCAAGAAACUACGACAAAUGGAAAAACGGCACGUUAUAGAGCUUCAGCAAAGCGAAAAUCACAGAACGCUGCAGGAAGAUCGGUUGAACGAAAUAUUAAACAUGCUGGAAGGCAUGACGUUGUCCGGAAUGUUGGACUACCUGAGCAAGGAGUUGGUGCGACUGAAAGAUGAGCGUAAAGCGCACGCUUUCGCUCUGCUUGCUGAACGUGAAAGAACGAAGAGGGAGGCGGAAGAAGCUGGAAGGAGGCAGCUGGAAGAACAACGUCGCAGAGAAUGCGAUGAAAUGUUCAGGCAAAUGGUGAAGGUAAAUCAAGACACAGUCGAACUUUACUUGGAAGACAUAAUAAAGGAAGGCAUCGAGUGGGUCUCAGACGCUGAAGCAAAGCAGUAUAUCCUAGAGACGGCUGAUAAAGUGGAUAAGACACUGCAAUAUGCAAAUGAACAUGCUCAAGGUUUGGCUGAACAAGAAAUGGUUUCUGAUAUGAUUUACAACUUCGUACUCCCUGACGUCGACAAACAAAUAGUGAGAAAGAGAAUGCUUGAGCGGCAGGCUAGCUACCUAAAAAAUGCACACGCUGCUAUUUACAACAAGAUAUUGGAGCUACCACCCAUUGAACGAAAAACACCCUCGACAGAGCCAACAGCUGCAGGUGAAAGUGACAAAACAGCGGAAGUGGAGGAGGAACGGUUAACAGAACCUGACCAGCUGGUCGAAGAACUAACGGAGGAAACAAGUGCAGAUUGGAUAAAACGUCGAAUAAUCGGGGAAAUAAUUAGUCCAGAAGAGACGUUGACUGGCAGCAUAUUAAAGCACCUUAUCUCUCGGUCUGUGCUCUCUGAUGGCGAAAAAAUCGCGCGUUACAUACUUGAAAAUGUUAUCAAAGAUGUGGAAGCCCUAGUUGAUAAUUCUCAGAUGUCAAUAUUAAGUAAGUUGUAUAAAGAAAAUUUACAUCUGUUUUAUGCUAUUGUUUUAAACCCAUCAAUUUUUAGUUUCAGCACGAUCCUCAGCCUCAGGAUCAUCUGGGUCCUCCUAUUCUAGCGGUGAGUGAUUUUCUUUAAACUUUUCUUUAAAUUAUGAUAAUUGUAACAAAUCCUGACCAAUUUCUUCAAGACUAUUAAUUUAACAUUUCACUACUUUUUUCAAAGAUUCUCCUUUGAUCAAUACUGGUUAUCGAAUUUAUUCGUUAAUUUUUUUGUAAAUUCGGAAUAAUUUCUUUGGCUUUCCAUGCUAGUUAAACUUGGCUUUAAAUGAUGAAAAACACAUUUUAGUUUCCAGUGCUAAGUCUAAUGCUCCUCCAAGUCACGUCAAGGACACAGAGACUUUGGAUUAGAAUCAAUUUCUCAUUUUGAAAGUCGCUUCUUAAAUUAUAUUUAUUAUGUUAUAUACAAAUAGUUAACGUGGUUGAAGUUAGUAACAUUAUUAUAACGAACCAUUGGGAAAAAAUUUACUAUUUUCCAAUUUCAGAAUGAUUCCAAAGGAGCUAAAUUUUCAAACAAGUUUUUUUUGCUUUAAUACGGUUUACUAAAUUUCAGACAGUUUGAAGGUGCGAAAUAACAGUUUUCCUCAAGAUGCAUUGUUAUAAUGAUGUUACUAACUUUAACAUGAUUAUAUUUAAA